GAGACAAAAUACAUCAUGCAAAUGUUUUCAUAUUUCUUUUGUAUAUUGCAGUACUUCAACCAGAUCUUGACGGCUGUACUUGAAGUGUUGGAUGACUCUGAUUCAUCAAUCAGGGAACUGACUUUGUCAUUAAUUGUUGAGAUGCUGAAAAAUCAGAAAGAUGCCUUGGAGGAUUCUGUGGAGAUAGUGAUUGAAAAACUGCUUCACGUGACAAAAGAAGGUGUUCCAAAAGUAUCAGGCAUAGCAGAGCAUUGCUUAACUAUAGUAUUGUCGCAAUAUGAUCAAUUCAGAUGUUUAAGUGUUAUUGUUCCUUUGUUAGUUACUGAAGAUGAGAGAACUCUUGUCACUUGUAUAAACUGUUUGACAAAGCUUGUGGGUAGGCUCUCGCGUGAGGAACUGAUGGGUCAAUUACCAUCAUUUUUGCCUGCUCUUUUUGAUGCAUUUGGGAACCAGAGUGCAGAUGUUCGAAAGACCGUUGUUUUCUGUCUGGUUGACAUCUAUAUCAUGCUUGGGAAAUCAUUUUUACCGUACUUGGAGGGGCUAAACAGCACACAAUUACGGUUGGUGACUAUUUAUGCAAACAGGAUAUCACAGGCCAGGACUGGGGCUUCAAUAGACGCUACCGAAUGAUCAGUUGGCUUGGUUUUAUGUGUAGUUUUAGUACUGGGUGUUAAUUUUGGUCUUCCAUUCUUUGUGUAUUGUAUACAUGUGUGAAAUAUGCUGAAGGUUGGGUUUUUAUUUUUGUUUAAAAUCAUGUAUAUUCAUAUUUUUCACUUGGUUUGGGGAGUACCUAGAUUACGGAGACAGACUUGGUGAUGUUACAUGUUUUUUUGUGUGAUUAAUGAAAUUGUUACCUGUGAAGUAAAAUUGGUUUGCAAUGUUGCAAAUGA